CACGGGAAACGAGGAGGCCGCCCCGAUUGGCGUUCUAACUCCGUCCCUCUCUCCCCUAACCUUUCUUUUCACAGGAAGCGCUGGACUCGGACGUUUAUGGUUAGCGUGGCCAGCUGACCCACACAGCGUGGUUACGAUGAACAAUUCUGCAGGCUGAAUUUGGCGGUGUGGAUCGGCGCACACCGCCAGUUCAGCCAGCACACUUGAGCCCAAUGGCAUUCACCAGCCACUCAAGAGAGAGGCGCCCCUAAUUAUGUCACACAACCCCCCCGAGCAUGGCUUUCGGUGCUAUCAACCCACCCACAGCGAUCAAGGGAAGCCGAGAUUGCGCCAGGUGAUUGGCCGCUCCGGACAUUAGACAAGAUCGCGAGCCAUGGCUCUGUUCUCGGGCUGGUUCCUGCGUUCGGUAUUACCUCGCGAAAGCUUUACCGACAGCCCCAUCCAGGCCGUCGAGAGGCUCCUUUCCUCUCCUAGGCCACUCCAAGAUGCAGAUAGGGAGGUUCUGGUCGGUGCGGUGCUCACCAUGAGCUCGAGCCUCCAUCUCGCCCUUGGUAUCCUCCAAGAGAUCUUGCCCCAGGAGAAGUCACAAGAACGGCUUGGCGAAGUGCUGUGCCCAACACUUGGUCAGCUUCUAUCCUCGCUGCAGGGUACCGUGUGCUCUUUUGAGCGGAGUAGCUCACGGCAGGCAACCGAAGGAGUUGCAACUCACACGCCCGAACCCUCGAAACCAGCCAGCCCCCGGCCUCUCAGUCGCAGAAACCAACGUGCAUCACCACAGCUGACCCAGCCAGCCGCGGCGAGAUAUGAGCAGCUUAUGCCCGCGGUGCCACCGGUUGGCCGCGCCGCCGGCCCCCCGACGAGUUCAGCACGGCCACACAAUGCUAGGAUCAAACCCGAAAGCUUUCCGUCGCUAGAAGGUAGCCCCCCACCACGACAACUACACCCUGAGCCUGUUGUUCACCACGGGCCAGCAACACAUCUGGCAAGGGCCCUGCAGGCAGAGAUGCGCGUCCAGUCUGCUAUCCAUGUCGCCGUUGAGUCCCUCGAGUUCGCCGAAGGCCAGUUGAAGGUGGUCAAGCAAGUCAAUCAGUUGCACGGAGGCAAUAUUGAUCAGCUUCAAAGCCAUUUUUAUGAAGGCUACAAUCGCUUGCUACUCCGGGCCGUCGAGCUACAGAGGCAAGAGCAUGGUUUGCUCUCGGGACAAGGAAGUCUGAUCUCGGCUGCGCCUAUGGGAAGGCCAUACCAGUUGUUAACCAGUAAUAAAACCGUGCCGGCGAGCCCUCGCCAACACUCCGUCUCUUUUCAAGCAACCCUGUCUGUCCCAUCGCCGGCGACCACCCCACGGGCAAAUGGAACCCCCCAGCCCACCUACCCACAGCGGCGAUCGUUGGAGCGCAGGAACACAAUACAGGGUAUCAAGCAAGAAGAUGCCAGAACCUCGAGGACAAAGCCGGCUCUCAAACGGCGAAUGUCACUAGCAGACGAGUUGGCUUUGGUGAAUGAGGAUUCCGAGAGCGGUUACCAAGACGAGACGUCCGAAGUAGCGAGUUCCGCAAGCGAACUGGAGUCCGAUCUUGAAUCCUGCAACUCUCGACGUAUGACGAGAGACCACGAUGAAAGUGACGGAUACAGCACCAACGGAGAGAGUGCCGCGGAGGAUGACGCGGCAGGAAGCGACAACGAAGAGGACUGUGGUGACAGGACGCUCAACGGCUUGGAUAUGACAGGGCCGGUCGGGAUGCCGUCAAUGUCAGCUGUCCACGCAGUAGAUUGACCGAAUUAUCACGGCCUUGGGAAUGACAGACACGCAGGCUCGGGGGCAAGAUAUCAUCCCAGGAGGAUUCGCUACGAUACCUUUUAUACAUGGUAUAUACCGGAAGCCCUGAUGAAUAGUGAGAGAUGGGACUUUUUCAUAGGCGUACAACCCUAGGGAUUGUUUAUAACGCGGCCAGAACGCCGGGGUCUGUGGCUUUAUCACACACUUGAAUACCAACGUCGGUUUUAUUCUACCUUGCGCACGCCCAUCCGCAUCUCCGCCUUCACCUGUGGUUGACGAGCAUGAGACGUUCAACGAGAAGCAAAACAAGUGGUCAAGAUUGUCUCUGGGCUUCUACUAGUAUGCAUUGUUCGUGCGUCGGUUUGCCGCUCCGUCGUCGCCGAGGCUGCGUUUGAUUCC